CGAUGAUUAAGCACCAUACAUAUUGAACAGACGCGUCCUCCCCCUCUCUCCUUCCGGUACAGCUGUCCAUCUUUUGGAGAAACAGUGUCUUUAAGUUGGACCUGAAGCUUCUUCGCUACAAUGUUUGACCUGAAGAAGAGGAAUAGUUUGACUCUGAACUGCAGCCGAGAGACGGAGGAGUUCAGACGAGUGGCGGUCAGGCGGAAGGUCAAAGGUGAUGCGGUGGACUGCUUCGCUUUACACACAGCAGAGAGCAGUGGAGUGUGCAGCUCUUACAGCCGUGGCAACGCUUGUGACAAAGUCUGUGGAUCAGAACCAAACUCUAAACCUGGUGCAGAGGAAGACAAUCAAAGAAGCCCAGCUAAAGGAUCGCCUUUCAAACCACACGUGCCCCCUAAACCAGCUCAACUCCAGAGAAAUGCAGGAUGUGAUCAAGCCCACAGUCAACAAGAUAAUGGCACAGAGCAAGACCAGAGUCCUAAAAGAGGUUACGGAGUUUCUGUUUCCUGUGUCAGUCCAGCACAUAAUUGUCUAGGCUCCCCUAGUCCAACCAGAAGAGGCUGGACCUGUUUGUUGAAUGGAGUGUCUGCAGCACAUAUCAGUCCUGCCAGACAUACUCAGGGGAUUCCACAUAUUACAAGCAGUCCACUUUUAGGAUCUCCAAGUCCAGGCAAAAGAGGCAUUCAGAGCCGUAGCCCAUUGAGAGUAGGAGGGCACAGUCCUGCUAGAUUGUCCCCAAGGAACCACAGCCCUCUCAGUGGAUUACUGCGGACCCCCAGCCCUUUGCAGGUGAGGAUCGGGAGUUACAGCCCAGCCAAAAACUCUAAAUCCUGGCUUGGACUGUACAGAAUCCCAAGCAGCAAGAUGGAAGGACAAGAUAAGAGAGCGGGAAAAUCUUUGAGCGUGCCUGACUUGAUUGUCUUCUUGGAUGAGAACAGAAUUCCCACCGAAAAAAUUGAACGCUCUCCACUGCAACCGCUUCAAUCCCCCAACUGCUCCGGGUCAGCCAGCACCAUCAAAGCACCAGUUCACCAUAUACUCAGUCAUGCCAAAAGUGAAGCUUAUCUAUGGAGCAACGGCAAACAGCAUUCCCCAAGACAAAUGAAUGGCGUGGUGCAGGGGAGAGUUUGCACAGCAGUUAAUGGAAAGGGAAUAAAUGAUAACAUGGAAGAAGGCAAGGUACCUGUCGGAUAUGGCUCCAAAUCUUCCUGCCAACGGAAUGAGGAUAGUAAAACUACAGAAGAUGGCAGGAUUCAGAAGGAGUCUAAAGGUGAACAUAGUGAUGAGGAGUUGAGAAAGGAGAGAGGAGAAAGCGAGCCAAAGGCUGAAGAGAACAAAGAGCAGAAAUUGUUCAAAAUAGCCAACGAACUCCUGCAGACCGAGAGGGCCUAUGUGGCUCGUCUCCACCUGCUCGACCAGGUGUUCUUCUCACGCCUAACUGAGGAGGCAGGUCGCGGCUCGUUUCCUCCCGACGUGAUAAGAAAUAUCUUCUCCAACAUUUCCUGCAUCUACUCCUUCCACAGCCAGUUCCUGCUCCCUGACCUGGAAAUCUGCAUCAGCCACUGGUGUGAGAGCCCAGGCCUGGGUACUGUUCUGGUUAAACACACACCCUUCCUGAGGAUGUAUGCCGACUACGUCAGGAACUUUGACCAGGCCAUGGAGCUGGUGAGGACCUGGAGUGAACGCUCCUCUGUCUUCAGAAAUAUCAUCCAGGACAUACAGAGUCAGGAGGUGUGUGGCAGCCUGACCCUGCAGCACCACAUGUUGGAACCAGUCCAGAGGGUUCCACGUUAUGAGAUGCUGCUUGGAGAUUACCUGAAGAAACUGCCCAGGGAUGACCCAGAUUAUGAUCUUGCUCACAAAUCCUUGCAGACCAUUUCCAUGGCAGCCACCCACUCAAACAGCGCCAUCCACAAAGCUGAGAGCCUGAAGCGGCUGGUGGAGAUCUAUGAGAUGGUUGGAGAGGAGGAGGUGGUCAACCCGACCAACGAGUUCCUCAGGGAAGGUCGUCUGCUCAAGCUUGCUGCGAGGAAUACAUCUGCCAUGGAGAGGCAUCUAUUCCUGUUCAACAACUUUCUGCUGUGCUGCACUCCUAAAUUCAGCCUAGUUGGGCAGCGUUUUACUGUCCGCUGCAGGAUCGGAGUGGACGGCAUGCAGGUGCAGCAGACCACCAAUGAAGACCACCCACACACCUUCCAGGUCUCUGGAAAGGAGAAGACCCUUGAGCUGCAGGCCAGCUCCGUACAAGACCGAGAUGAGUGGAUAAAGGUAAUUCAGGAAGCCAUUGACGUGUUCCUGAAGAAACAUGAAACUUUCAAAUUGGCUUGUAAGGAGCUAAAUGUAGAAGAAUCAACGGAGGAACUCGGCCGACGUGCGCCUCGCUGGAUCAGGGACAACGAGGUGACCGUGUGUAUGAAAUGCCAGGAUCCUUUCAAUGCACUCACCAGGAGACGACAUCACUGCAGAGCCUGCGGCUGCGUGGUGUGCUGGAAGUGUUCAGACAACAAAGUGGCUUUAGAGUAUGACGGCAACAAGCUGAACAAAGUGUGUAAAGCCUGCUACUCCAUCCUGACGGGUCAGCGAGGGGAGAGUGUGGAGGGAAAGAAGAGAAGGAUACUGGAGGUGAGCCUUUCAGAGGCAUCUCCGGUCUCCAGUGACUGUGUAAUGAGUGGCUUCCUGCUGUAUGGUGACAACCCAAAGACCUGGCAACAGAUGUGGUCUGUUGUCACCCGGUCUGAACCUGCGGUCCUCCUUCUGUACACUGCUCGACAGGAUGUGAAGCCCCUAUCCAGUAUACCGCUACUGGGCUGCAGUGUUGAGGAUUCCCCUCAGGAGCUCCAGAGUCAGCAUUGUUUCUGUUUAAGACAAUCCAAAACCACCCACACUUUCUCCUGCAACGGCUUGGACCUCAAAAAAAACUGGGUGACUGUCCUGAAAGUUGCUGUGACAGGCAAGCAGUAUGAAAUCAACACCGAUGGCUCAAGAUGGGGAAUCAUUGGUAGUGUCAGUGAUGAAAGCGAGUGUACUGGGGAGGAAUUUAUCAUCAUUGGCGACAAAGAAGAGAACUCCUGAAUGUUUGCGAUCAAGCACUAUAGAAAGUAUAUAAACACACAAAAACAGACCAAAGUCCAUUGAUUCUAAAGACGGUAGUGUUGAAAUGAACAUUUAAUAUAAAUUAAUGAAUUAAAAAAAGUGCAAUUCAGGAAUGUAAAGGUUAUUAACAAUAUGCAGACUGAAAACUGUGUUUACCUUAUCAGUGGUGAUGCACUUUAUUUCUGAAAUGGUUUUAUGGUAAAAAAUAAAUAAAGUGAAGGUGUUUUUACAUGAGUCGGACUAUCCCUUCACCUAAACAGAUGGUUGCGUCAGCUCUGUACACGUAGUCUAAGGUGCCACGCAAUCUGGCGUGAAAAAAAAAAAAAAAAAAAAAGCUUGAAGUGGUUUUCUCACAGUGGACACAUAAUUGCAUGAAGGUUCCAGUGAUGCACAGAAGCUCUGUGGGAUCAUAUUUGCUUUAAAAAACACAUUCAACUGACCCCAUUUCUUCACAGAUACAGCAAUUGAAUAUUUACACUCAAAAAGAUAAACAACUAAAGAAACACAUUUAAAAAAAAUUAAUGAUCAGAAUGAUCACUGGUAAACAUAAAAUGACAGAAUAACAUUGUAUCUUGAAUGUGUGCAGUAACCAAAGCACCGGGAGUGUCUGCAAUACGUUUCAAUGGGAAGGAAAAAGCAUCCUUUUUCAGAUGCAAAUUAACAAUAUAAUUGAGUUUAAGUCUUUUUUCAGCGCAUUUAUUUUCUCGUUGCAGUGAUGUAAUGAUGGUUUGUCUAAAAUGAAUUCCCCAAAACACUGACCUUGCUGUUCUACACAAAUUGGUAAACUGUUCCUGAUCUACGGAGGUAUGCAGGCUGAAAUCACAAAUGUCCCAUCGAUGGAAAAUAAAUCUUAAAGCUGCAUUUAUCAGGAAUCAUGGAAUUUGAAAGAGGUCACUGACAAACUUGCAGAGAAUUAUCGCUAAUCUCUAUGGAGCUUAGCUAGUUAUAGUUUUAUGGAACAUUUAACUGUAUGCUUACUAUUC